GAGAACACGAACUCUGGGGAAAGGGAGCCAAGCGUGAGUGAAAUCGCUCCGAACGUGCUGGAGAAAGCUGAGGAGGGGCGCGUCCGGGCUGGAGAGAGCAAGGAGAGCUGUGGUCCUCAGCCUCGUGAUGCUGGAGAGCCCGGUGGGGUCGCCGCGCUGAAGCAGCAGAUUGCUGCUCUGGAGGAGCAGCUGGGCAAGAAGAAAGAAGAGCUCGAGCAGAUCAGAGUAGUGCUGGAGCAGCAGGAUCAUGAGAUCAAGGAGAAGGAGAAAAGCAUUAGGUUACUGGCCAGCUCCAAAGCUCAGCUGGAAGAGAAGCUGUGCCGGGAAAACACUGAAGAGGCCAAGGUGCCGUCCAGGCAGAGCGGCGGGGCUUUGCAGUGCUACGAUGCGGCGGUGAACACCGACCUCUCGCAGGUAACUGGGGCCAAGCGAGCCCAUGAUAAAGGCAUCAAUGUAAAUAUCCCAGUCUCCACCAAAUCCAUAGGAUGCAGCGUCCACAGAGCAGACAAUGCGAAUGCGCAGGCGAUGGAGCUGGGUGCUCGGAGAGAUCAGGGACUGGCAGACACUUGCACCGGACCUGGACAUUUUGGUGAAGCCAACAUUGAGGCUGGUCUUCACGCACCAUGCUUCACCCAACUGAAGAUCGAUGAGCACCUCAGCGAUGACAAUCAAAAUCACAGGAACAACUACAACACCCAGAGCCUCGCUGCUCACGCAGUGACUGCAGAAAGCUAUCAAGAAACAAGAAUUGGCUCAAACACAGGAGAAAACAAGGCAGGCUUUGGCCAAGAUAAACCUCGAGAUGGGCUGGAAGAGGAAGGUCCCCCUGACCGCGAGGAUCUGCCUGCUGUUGACCCCAUCAGCCAAUACGUGAAAAAAAUCCAGGAGCUUUUGCAGGAGCAGUGGCUGUGUUUGGAGCACGGCUACCCUGAGUUAGCGAGCGCCAUUAAACAGCCGGCCUCCAAGCUCAGCUCCAUUCAGAACCAAUUAGUUAAUUCCUUAAACUCAUUGCUGUCUGCCUACUCUACACAAGGGCCCACAGAUAAGGAGAAUUCGAACACACAUUAUCAACAGUUGGAAAUCUCUCCAACCACAAGUCUUAAGUCUAUCAUGAAAAAGAAGGGUUAUGGUUUCCAUGCAGGGGGCAAUGGGACCAAAAAGAAUCUUCAGUUUGUUGGGGUAAAUGGUGGCUAUGAAACGACUUCAAGCGAAGACACAAGUUGCGAAGACAGCUCAUCGGAUGGGGAUGUGGAGAGCGAGACGGAGAGAAGAGCUGAUGAUUUGGAGACCACGCAAGGAAGAGCUGGAGGUGAAAGUGAGGGGGCUUUGUCGGGGACCUCCUCACAGGAGAGACGUGAGGACAAUGACCUGCAGGAGUCAUCGGCAGAAGCAGCAGCUUGGACUCAGCACAAGGCUGACAGAUGCAAACCCUCUGAAGAUUUCCUUGCUGACUGCCAGCUACUCAGCAAGCACCUCUCAGAAAUCAGGACCACAAGCGACAAGCAUUUGCGGCACGUCCUGAGCACAGUCUGCCAGGAGUGGUUCCGGGUGUCAAGCCGCAAGUCUUCCAGCCCAGAGGUGGUUGCAGUGUAUCUCAAGGCGCUGGGGGCCAUCCAGCCCCAGCUCCUGGCGAUGGUGGUGAACCUGGCCGACAGGAACGGCAACACAGCUCUUCACUACAGCGUUUCCCACUCCAACUUCCUGAUUGCAAAGCUCCUGCUAGACACAGGCGUGUGCCGCCUGGACCUGCAGAACC